AGCGUUCUGCAUAAGAGACAUAGGAACGCCUACGGAUACGGACACCGCAUUUAUGAGCCCCGAGCCCCCCGCCAAGAGGAUGAAGGAGACCAAAAGGGUAGAGAUGGCCUUCCUUGGUCCAAGGGGCACUUACGGCGAGCAGGCAGCGAGGGCAUUUGCGACUAGCUAUAGCGAUCCUAUAGACCUUGUGCCAUGUACCACCAUCACCGACGUGUACAACCAUUCUGCGCCUCUCAUCGUACUUCCUCUAGAGAAUACUCUCCAAGGAUGUGUCUUAGAAACCCUCGAUUGUCUCCUCUCAGUACUUAAACCUUCGAAGCCCGAAGAUCCGAAACCUCUUGAGCGGAAAAUUGUAGCCGACUUUGUGCUCCCCAUACGGCAUUGCCUUGUCGUCAGAAAGGGUACAAAGAUGGAACAAAUCAAAUGGGUCAGGAGCCAUGAACAAGCUUUGGGACAGUCCUCCUCCUUUCUAGCCGAGAGAUUACCAGGUGUCAAGCUGGAGAAGUGGUCUUCAACUGCUGGAGCGGCAGUGUCUUUGCUUCAAAAUACAGGCAAUGCGGAUGACAAGGGCGCUGCGAUAUGUUCGAAAGCUGUUUUGGAUCUGUAUCCUGAUCAUCUCGAGGUGCUACACGAAGGUACACAAUAUGGCAAUGAAAACUACACUCGUUUCAUCCUUCUCACAGUGCCGGCCCCUACCAUCGUCCCAAAGUCGGACAAACAGCUUUCUUCUGCCGAUAGAACAUCCUUCAUUGCCGUACCCAACCCAUCAUUAGGCGCCAUACUUCUCUCUCUCCAUCCAUCUUCAUCCGCAAGCUCAUCAGUAAGCGUGACAGCUAUACAUACCCGACCCGCAGUAGAGGGCAUGGCACAUAAAGAUGAAAAGUUCCCUAGGUGGUGUCUCUUGGAGGUCGUUAAUGAGCCGACCAAAGAGAUGGAAGAUGCGGUAUCGCUUGGGUCUUUGAGGGAGAGUUUGGGACCGGAAAUUUUGUGCAAGUGAAGAUAAUUUUGGGUUCUAUGGUAGACGAUUUGCAUAAGCAAUCAGUAACGAUGUAAAUGAUAUCU